CCUCUCCAGCCUUCUCUUACAAACAAAAAAAAGUUAGGGUUUUUUUUCCUUGCUCGACUCCACGAUCUCUAAAGCAUUCUCUGUUGAUUCUCCUUUCUGAUCAAUUCUUUGUUAUUCUAAACCUAACCAGAGAAAACCCAUGUCUAUAUUCGAAACUCCUUCCCUCGAACCAAACCCCAAAAGACAGAGGAUCGAACCCGUGUUCGAACCAAACCCCAAAAGACAGAGGAUCGAACCCGUGUUCAACAACUCAUCAUUAUCUUCAAUCCCAUGUCCUCACUCCUACGCUCAACACGGUGUCUGCACCGCCUGUAAUUCAAUGAUUGAAAGAUGCCACUACAGAUCAUUCAACUGUUUCAAAGACGGUGUUCAGAUACGCCACGAGGCCGUCGCAUCAGCGAAGCGCCUCAUGACUAAGUUCUCUUAUAUGGGCGACAAGAAACUUCCAUUAGUCCUUGACCUAGACCAUACCCUUGUCCACACCACUACCCUUUCUUCUCUCACCAAAACAGAAAAGUAUCUAAUCCAAGAAGCGGGUUCAAGGCACGAUCUCUGGCUCUUGAAAUCCGACGAUGAUCCCGUCGAGCACUUGAUAAAGCUACGUCCUUUCGUUCUCGAUUUCUUGAAAGAAGCUCGCAAGAUGUUCAACAUGCAUGUCUACACAAUGGGUAACCGUUAUUACGCUGAUUCCGUCCUCGAGCUGAUCGAUCCGAGGCGCAUCUAUUUCGGUAAAAGAGUGAUAACGAGAGAGGAGAGUCCUUACAUUAAGACGCUUGAUUUGGUUUUUGCUGAUGAGCGCUGUGUGCUGAUCGUGGAUGAUACACGUGAUGUGUGGCCUGAUCACAAGAGCAACUUGGUUGAGAUUAGUAGGUACUGCUAUUUCAGGAUGAGUAACGACCAAUGUUCAAGGCCGUACUCUGAGGAGAGGAUAGAUGAAAGUGAAUGCAACGGUGGAUUGGUUAAUGUUUUGAGGUUGUUAAAGGAAGUUCACUGUGGAUUCUUUAGAGUCAAAGAAGAGUUGGAGUCUAAAGACGUGAGGUUGCUUCUACAAGAGAUUGAAUUUAAACGUGGUGUAUUACAGGGAGAAUCUCUUAUUCUGUAGAAAUUUCAUUUUUAAGCAUUGUAAGUUACAAUUUGUAACUCUGUGAUCUCGUUCAUAUGUAAGAACUUUGGAAAGUUAUAUUUUGAAUAGAAAACUUUAAAGCAUAUUCCAUACAAAUGUGAGUAUUUU